GAGUCUCCCGCUCCCACUCCCUCCCUGGGCUGGUUUUUUCAGCUUCCUGUCUCGCAUUGUGCUGGCGGCGGAUAUGUGCAGCGCCUACAGGUAAUCAGAUCAAGAAGGCCAGUCCAAGGCUUUAUUGUAGGGCUUGCAUUGACCCACUGGAGUUCAGCUGAACAACAAUAAAACAUUUUUACCAUCUCAUCUCCUUCCUUAUUCCCAGUAGAAGCUGACUUAUCCUAUCCAAGAAGCACUCCUGUAACGUGUACACACUUUUUUUUGAACUUCCUAGUUUUCAGGUAAAGGUUAGAAAGGAAGUCUGAAAAUCGCCCUGGAGAAUACUAACUUCAGUGAAGAACAACUAGUGAUCAAGUGAGUGCACUACACAGAAAUGGCUGUAUGGAUUUGGACACUUCACAUUUUGAGCUGUUUUUGUGUCACCUUUGGAUUCAAACUUGAGGAAUGCUUUCAAAGUUCCAUGGAGUUGAACCAUCUUACAGUGAACUAUGAUACUGGGACAGUCUACUUAGGAGCAGUAAAUGCCUUGCAUCAGCUUCAAAAUGAUUUGAAUGAACAGCUGUGUGAAGAAACAGGUCCAAAAAAAGAUAACAAAAAGUGUACGCCUCCUAUUGAUGAAAACCAGUGCAAUGAAGCAACUUUGACUCCCAAUUUCAACAAGUUACUUUUGUUGGACAAGCAAGAGAAAAAAAUUAUUGUGUGUGGGAGUCUUUUUAAGGGAAUUUGUGAAAUCAGAGAACUGGAGAAGAUUUCAAAUGUUACCUACUACAUUGAUAGCAGUGGGGAAAAGUCCUUUGUGGCAAGCAAUGAUGAAAGUAUCUCAACUGUUGGCCUAAUUACAUCCCUGAGAAAUGGCCAGCGAGUGCUGUUUGUGGGGAAAGGGAAUGGACCCAAUGAUAAUGGCAUUAUAAUUAGCACUCGGCAGCUCUAUGACGGAGAUGGGAAAGACACUUUUGAAACGUAUACAGACUCUACAGCCAUUAAGUCAGUGUAUCACUCCUCAAACAUGCAGCAGUUUGUGACAGUCUUUGAAGAUAAUGAUUAUGUUUAUUUUAUUUAUAAUCAGCAAGAGAAACAGCCUCCUAGUAACCGAACACUGAUUGCACGCCUGUGCAAAAAUGAUGACCACUAUUAUUCCUACUUUGAAAUGGUCUUGGGUUGUAAGGAUGAUGAUGGUGCUUAUGACCACUGUCAUUCAGUCUUUGUUACAACCCCAGGAAAAGACCUACCAGAGACCAUAGUUCAUCUGGAAAAGGAUGAUAAAGUGCUCCUUGCACUCUUCAGCAAAGUCAACAAAGAUAAUGGCUCUCUACGAUCUGCCAUGUGUGUGUUUUCCUUGAGGCAGAUCAAUGCAAAGAUGGAAGAAAAUAGGGAGAAUUGCUAUACAAAGGGGGAAAAAACAUUUUACAAAGCCUUUGGAUCAGAGACCAUCCAGUGUAAUGAAGGUGUACAGGGUACAAGCAAGAGUUUCCCUUGUGGUUCUGAACACUUGCCCUACCUCUUGGGAAGCAAAAAUGGUGUUGAAGCUCGACCUGUGUUCCGGAAGGAGGGGAUGAAUCUAACAGCAGUUACUGUGAGCGUGGAAAAUGAACAUACUGUGGCAUUUCUAGGAACUUCAGAUGGCAGAAUACUUAAGGUGUUCCUGUCAUCAUCUGCAAAUGAGUACAUCUCUGUUUCCAUUGAAAUAAACAAACCUAUAAAGAAGGACCUUGUCCUUGAUGCUAACCAGGAAAAUCUGUAUGUGAUGACCACGGACAAGGUAUGCCGGAUCCCUGUGCAAGAUUGUGCUAGGCACUCAACUUGUACUCAGUGCAUUGAUGCACAGGAUCCUUACUGUGGCUGGUGUGUAAUCAAAGGGAAGUGCACUAGAAAGAUAGAUUGUGAAAGGGCUAAUAUGAAAAACCAUUGGCUCUGGAGUCCAGAUGGCAUAUGCUUGAAGAUUGCCAGUGCCCACCCUAAAAAUAUGAGCCGGAAAGCUCCUGAUAGGGUAGAACUGAUUGUUAGUCCAUUACCAGCUUUAACUGAGGGUGACCAGCUGUGGUGUAAAUUUGGUGACACAGAGCUCCCUGCAGAGUUGAGAGAAGGGACAAUUAUUUGUAAUCCUCCUGAAACAAUUCCUCAUGCAUCCAGAGGUCAAGAUCAUGUAUUGGUUCCUUUAAACUUAACUUUUGGAGAACAUGGGAUAUUUUUUGCAUCAUCUUACUAUCCUUUUUAUGACUGUGAAAAAGCAGUUAAUCUUUCUGAAAACCUGCCAUGCUAUUCCUGUGCAAGCAAUAGAUGGAAUUGCCAGUGGGAUUGGAAGAAACAUGUCUGUGAAGAGUCAUCUUCAGAACUAGAAGUGAUCAAACAAAAUAUGGAAGAAGAAUGUCCACAGUUUCUAACACCCACCCCUUCAAUAAUACCAAUGGACUAUCCAACAACAGUGUCCUUUAUGGGAAAGAAUCUAGACUAUUAUCAGGGCAAAUCCUUUGUGAUUGGAAAUGACCGAUUUGAAUUUGAAGCUUCUGUUAACAAAUUAGCUAAUGGAACAUUCUCAUUUGAGAGUCAAAAGUUUUCCUACGGUGCAAAUGAAACUCUACCACUUGAUUUAUCCAUUAAAACAGAUGGGGUCAAGAUUGACAGCAACCUGACAGUGACUUUGUACAACUGCUCUUCUGGCCGGAGCGACUGCAGCUUGUGUCUUGCAGCUGAGCCUGGUUACAAGUGUGUGUGGUGUGAAGAAGAUGGCAAGCCAAGCAAGUGCAUUUAUAAGGACCUCUGUAAUACUGUUGCUGCUAACACAUGUCCUCCUCCAGACAUUACUCACAUUCAACCAGAGACUGGACCACUGAGUGGUGGAAUUCUUUUGACCAUAAUGGGAUCUAAUUUGGGUAUAACAGCAGAUGAUGUCAAAAGUAUAACAGUAGCAGGAGUAGAAUGUAUUUUUAAAAAGGAAUUCUACUCUGUUUCCACUAGGAUUGUGUGUCAAGUUGGAAGUGUGACAGAAAAAUUGCACGGUGAAAUUGAAGUUGAUAUAAAUGGAAAACAAGGUAGAUCAACAAAUGAAGUGCAAUUUACGUAUCAAGAACCUAAUCCUACUGGAAUAAGUCCAACGAAAGGCCCCCAAGCUGGUGGGACCAGCCUUACAAUCACUGGUAUAAACCUGAACACUGGUUCCAAGGAAGACGUUAGAGUUUUACUUGAUAAUGAACCCUGCACAGUCAUUGUAUUUGGAGACCAAAUAGUCUGCAUUACAGGACCCCAUGACAAGGAUGAAGACGUUCAUGUUGUAGUGUGGCAUGGACACACAGGGAAGGAAAUAGAAAAUCAGAAGUUUACAUAUAGCAGAAAUCCUACAAUAAAACAAUUUCUUCCAAUAAACAGCUUCAGCAGUGGCGGGAGAAAUAUUACUGUAACAGGAACAGGGUUUGAUCUCAUCCAGAGUUUUUCCCUGGUUGUAACUGCUGAGCUUCCUGAAGAGAGAAAGAAAACACACAGUCAGAACUCCAAAGAGUUUAAAGGAGAUCUUGUCACCAGAAUCAAUGAAACCACAAUAGUCUUCUCUUCUCUACCAAUCAUAGAGGAUCCAGAAAACUAUAACAUUACUACACUUAUAAAAAUGGAUGGCUAUGAUUUGCUUGUAAAAAUUGACAAUGUUCCCUUUUCAUAUGUUGCGGAUCCAACAUUUGAAAACUUCACCGAUGGCAUUAAAAAACAAGUCAACAAACUUAUUCACGCAAAGGGUAGUAAUCUGAACAAAGCCAUGACAAUAGAUGAGGCUCAAGCAUUUGUGGGUGAGGAACCCUGCAACAUAAAAACACUAACUGAAAAGGACUUGUAUUGUGAGCCACCAGAAGUGCAACCUCAACCAAAGAAAAGGCAGAAAAGGGAUACAGUCAAUAACCUUCCUGAGUUCAGUGUGAGAUUUGGUCUCAGAGAAUGGAUCCUAGGCAGGGUGGAAUAUGACACACGUGCAAGUGAUGUACCACUGAGCCUGAUUUUGCCAGCAGUAAUUUUUCCUAUGCUACUUAUUAUUGGCAUCUCCAUCUACUGUUACAGACGAAAAAGCCAACAAGCAGAACGGGAAUAUGAAAAAAUUAAGUCACAGCUUGAAGGCUUGGAAGAAAGUGUCAGAGACCGGUGCAAAAAAGAAUUUACAGAUCUAAUGAUUGAGAUGGAAGAUCAGACAAAUGACGUCAAUGAAGCUGGAAUUCCUGUGUUGGACUAUAAAACAUACACAGACAGAGUCUUCUUCUUGCCCUCAAAAGAUGGGGAGAAAGAUGUAAUGAUUACUGGGAAACUAGACAUUCCAGAGGCUAGACGACAAACUGUGGAGCAAGCUCUGAAUCAGUUUUCCAAUCUGCUUAAUAGCAAAUCGUUCCUCAUCAAUUUUAUUCACACACUGGAGAACCAGAGGGAGUUCUCUGCCCGAGCAAAAGUGUAUUUUGCAUCCCUGCUGACUGUUGCCUUACAUGGAAAGCUCGAAUAUUAUACUGACAUCAUGAGAACAUUGUUCUUAGAGCUGAUGGAGCAGUAUGUUGUGGCCAAAAAUCCAAAGCUGAUGCUAAGAAGGUCAGAAACUGUUGUAGAGAGGAUGUUGUCUAACUGGAUGUCUAUUUGUUUAUACCAGUAUCUGAAGGACAAUGCAGGAGAACCUCUCUAUAAAUUGUUCAAGGCUAUUAAACAUCAGGUGGAAAAAGGCCCAGUGGAUGCUGUGCUAAAGAAAGCCAAGUAUACCUUGAAUGACACUGGGUUACUGGGAGAUGACGUAGAGUACACACAGCUGACAGUAAAUGUGUUUGUACAAGAUGGAGGCACUGAACCUAUACCUGUGAAAGUGUUGAACUGUGAUACUAUUUCUCAAGUAAAGGAAAAAAUUAUAGACCAAGUCUAUCGAAAUCUGCCAUGUUCACAGUGGCCAAAAGCUGACAGUGUUGUUCUUGAGUGGCGUCCGGGUUCUACGGCACAGAUCCUCUCAGAUUUGGAUUUAACAUCUCAAAGAGACGGCAGAUGGAAAUGUAUCAAUACUCUGAUGCAUUAUAAUGUCCGUGACGGUGCCACUCUUAUCUUGUCAAAAAUGGGCAUUUCCCAGCAGCCAGAAGAUAAUCAGCAAGAUGUCCCAGGGGAAAGGCAUGCAUUACUGGAAGAUGAAAAUAAGGUUUGGCAUCUAGUUCGGCCAGUAGAUGAGGUUGAUGAAGGGAAAUCCAAACGGGGAAGCAUGAAAGAAAAAGAAAGAUCCAAAGCUAUUACAGAAAUCUACCUGACAAGACUUCUUUCUGUGAAGGGUACGCUUCACCAAUUUGUAGAAAACUUUUUUCACAGUGUACUUGAUUCAAAUCAUGUUGUGCCACCAGCUGUGAAAUACUUCUUUGACUUUCUUGAUGAGCAAGCAGAAAAGCAUGACAUCAAGGAUGAAGACACCAUUCACAUCUGGAAAACAAAUAGCUUGCCUCUUAGAUUCUGGGUAAACAUAUUGAAAAAUCCCCAUUUCAUUUUCGAUGUUCAUGUUCAUGAAGUAGUGGAUGCUUCCUUGUCAGUCAUUGCACAGACUUUCAUGGAUGCCUGCACAAGAACAGAGCACAAAUUAAGCAGAGAUUCUCCAAGUAACAAGUUACUUUAUGCAAAAGAGAUCUCUAACUAUAAGAAAAUGGUGGAAGACUACUACAAAGGUAUUCGUCAAAUGGUACCUGUAAGUGACCAGGACAUGAAUACGCAUUUGGCAGAGAUUUCUAGGGCGCACACAGAUUCUUUAAAUACACUUGUGGCUCUACAUCAACUCUACCAGUAUACUAACAAAUACUAUGAUGAGAUCAUAAAUGCACUUGAAGAGGACCAAGCUGCACAAAAAAUGCAGCUUGCCUUCCGUUUACAGCAAAUAGCAGCUGCAUUAGAGAACAAAGUGACAGACCUUUGACUCAGAAGCCGCAAUAAAGAAAUCUGAUCUGAAGAUGUUCAAAUUCAUUCUUCCUGUUAAGGAAAUAGUGUUCUAUUUUUUAAUGUAUAAUUACCACUUUAAAUGAAAGAUUUCAUGUUUUUUUGAUAGCAGAGGUGUAAUGUAAAGAAUUUUUACUGUAAAUUAUGCUUCUAAUUAAAAUCUGUGUUGUGUGUAAAUGAAUCUUCUGUGGGUGGGGAAGUCCUUUGGGAGGUGGGAAGGGACAAAAGAUUUUAGUUCAUUUAAUCAAGUAGUAUAAUCUGAAGCAUCAGCAUUUUUAGAAUUCAUUAUGCAAGUAAAUUCAAUUCUAUAGCAUCCUUUAUAUUUUAAGCAAUAUUUGUACUAGGAAGAAAAAAAAUAGCAUAUUUGGAGAAACAGAUGCAAUAUCCCCUUUUAUUUUGAUAACUGGAAAUUAAUUUCCUUAUAACUCUAAAAUCGCUCUAUCUAUGCUCAUAAUGAACAUAGUAAAUGACAUGUCUAUGAUUUUUCUUUAAGAACUUGGAACAGGCUUUGGUGUACCACACACUGUUUUUAAUUAAUUUAAUUAUUUAUAUCCAUGGUAACGUGUGGUAUUACACCCACCACAGUUGGUUGUGAUGAGCAUAAAAGUCAUGUCACCUCUGUAGGAGGGUUCUGAUGAUAAAUCCUAAUUUGAUUCAGAAAUCACUGCAAAGGAAAUUAGCCGUUAACACUUUACAACCUUUUGUUCUUAUUGUGAGUUUUAUGUUAUAUGCUAAUGUGCCUUACUUGUACUAAUUCUGUGAAUCUGAUGAAUGGUUUUGUAAAGAGAAGCAGAUCAGAAAAAAUAUUUAUGUGCUAUUGAAUGACUUUUGUGAAAACAUGACCAGCAGAAUGCCUGUAAUUAGUUGCUUGCCAAGAGUGUGUUGUUUAACAUGAUUUGAUUGUGUAUAAUAUCGUAUUGGAAUGGUUCUGAUGAUUUUUAUUUGAAUCUUGGAACUGUCCUAGAAAUACCACCAUUUGUUUUUAUUGUGUUUGUGAUGUACAAUACUAGUAUGAUAUUGGAAAAAUCAUAUACCCACAUAGUUGAAUACCACUCAGUUUCAAGCCUUGGAAUGCUGCAUUUGAUUGAAUACACAUCAUAACCCAUAGCAGUGGAAAUUAAAAUAACUUAUCAAAACUAUAAUAUGUGUUUACAAUAUAAGUAAGCUCUAUACAACUGAAAAAAAAUAGGUACGUCUUCUUAAAUUGCUGUAUUGCACAUCAAAGAACUUUGUUCCAUUCUUGACUUGUUUUUUUGGCAGUAAAGUAGCAUUUCAUUGUAGCACUGCCAUCUGUACUAAUUCCUUUUCAUUACUGCUCUUUUGUCCAACUGAGUGCCUGGACUCUGAUGAUUCUUGGCAAGAUAACACAAUUUCUGCUGCCAUCUCUCCCUUCCCUCUGGUGUCCUGCAGCGAGUUUCACUCAUUAACUUUAUCCUUUAUGGAAGAUAUCCUCAAACUUGUGAACGGCUUUCCCUAAACUUCUGAAAGGCAAAGCCCUCAUCACAGUGUCACUUCCCCAUCCGAGUGCUAUUCAUUGACUGUUUUUUGCCUUGAUUUUUUUUUGCUAGACUUCUGCAUUUGUGUAUACAUUCCAGCUAUGCUGAGUAAGUUAUUUUGUGUUCUUAGGACUGAGGUACAGAAGAGUUCUGCAUCAAACAUGCUUUGCCAACUACUCCUUGAUCAACAAAGGCAUUCUACUUCCACCACUAAUCUGUUUCUUUUGACAUUAUUUUGUAAAUCCUGUUAAUUGUAAAUCAAAUACAAUGUUUUUUUCCACAAA